CCUAGGGGAGGGAGGGGCGGCGGGUCAGAGCCCACCGAGCGGAGCGCGCCGGCCGCCGGUGGCCGCUGCCAGCAUGCCCCGGCCCGCGGGCCGCUCCGCCGCCAGCCACCCCCGCGGCCCUCGGCGGCCCGCGCUCGGCCCGGGGGCGCGGGAACCGCAGCCGGAGCCGGAGGCGAGAGCAGCGAGCCGGAGCCCCGGGCGCCCGAAUGCAGGGGGACUUUCAAAGUGUAGCGCUCGCCAUCUCCCAUCCCAAGUACCCAAGGGCUACAACACUGUCGCCAGAGCAGAAGUCAUUGAGUGCCCACUGCCACCCCUCACAGAUGCUCGUGGUCCCCAGCAUCCCUGAGCCACCAGGAGUGAGGGCUGCUGCUCCCUGCGACCUGGCUCCAAGGAGGAUGCCACAGCCGCCUGCCAGCUCCGGUCUGCACCAUGAGUGAUGAGCGGCGGCUGCCUGGCAGUGCAGUGGGCUGGCUGGCAUGUGGGGGCCUCUCCCUGCUGGCCAACGCCUGGGGCAUCCUCAGCGUUGGCGCCAAGCAGAAGAAGUGGAAGCCCCUGGAGUUCCUGCUGUGUACGCUCGCAGCCACCCACAUGCUAAACGUGGCCGUGCCCAUUGCCACCUACUCCGUGGUGCAGCUGCGGCGGCAGCGCCCCGACUUCGAGUGGAAUGAGGGUCUCUGCAAGGUCUUUGUGUCCACCUUCUACACGCUCACCCUGGCCACCUGUUUCUCUGUCACCUCCCUCUCCUACCACCGCAUGUGGAUGGUCUGCUGGCCCGUCAACUACCGGCUGAGCAAUGCCAAGAAGCAGGCGGUGCACACAGUCAUGGGUAUCUGGAUGGUGUCCUUCAUCCUGUCGGCCCUGCCUGCUGUUGGCUGGCACGAUACCAGCGAGCGCUUCUACACCCAUGGCUGCCGCUUCAUCGUGGCUGAGAUCGGCCUGGGCUUCGGCGUCUGCUUCCUGCUGCUGGUGGGCGGCAGCGUGGCCAUGGGCGUGAUCUGCACAGCCAUCGCCCUCUUCCAGACGCUGGCUGUGCAGGUGGGGCGCCAGGCCGACCGCCACGCCUUCACCGUGCCCACCAUCGUGGUGGAGGACGCGCAGGGCAAGCGGCGCUCCUCCAUCGAUGGCUCGGAGCCCGCCAAAACCUCUCUGCAGAUCACGGGCCUCGUGACCACCAUAGUCUUCAUCUACGACUGCCUCAUGGGCUUCCCUGUGCUGGUGGUGAGCUUCAGCAGCCUGAGGGCCGACGCCUCAGCGCCCUGGAUGGCACUCUGUGUGCUGUGGUGCUCCGUGGCCCAGGCCCUGCUGCUGCCUGUGUUCCUCUGGGCCUGCGACCGCUACCGGGCCGACCUCAAGGCUGUCCGGGAGAAGUGCAUGGCCCUCAUGGCCAACGACGAGGAGUCAGAUGAUGAGACCAGCCUGGAGGGUGGCAUCUCCCCGGACCUGGUGUUGGAGCGCUCCCUGGACUAUGGCUAUGGAGGUGACUUUGUGGCCCUAGAUAGGAUGGCCAAGUAUGAGAUCUCCGCCCUGGAGGGGGGCCUGCCCCAGCUCUACCCGCUGCGGCCCUUGCAGGAGGACAAGAUGCAGUACCUGCAGGUCCCGCCCACGCGGCGCUUCUCCCACGACGAUGCGGACGUGUGGGCCGCCGUCCCGCUGCCCGCCUUCCUGCCGCGCUGGGGCUCCGGCGAGGACCUGGCCGCCCUGGCGCACCUGGUGCUGCCUGCCGGGCCCGAGCGGCGCCGUGCCAGCCUCCUGGCCUUCGCGGAGGACGCACCCCCGUCCCGCGCGCGCCGCCGCUCGGCCGAGAGCCUGCUGUCGCUGCGGCCCUCGGCCCUGGACAGCGGCCCGCGGCGAGCCCGCGACUCGCCCCCCGGCAGCCCGCGCCGCUGCCCCGGGCCGGGCCCCCGCUCCGCCUCGGCCUCGCUGCUGCCCGACGCCUUCGCCCUGACCGCCUUCGAGUGCGAGCCACAGGCCCUGCGCCGCCCGCCCGGGCCCUUCCCCGUUGCGCCCGCCGCCCCCGACGGCGCCGAUCCCAGAGAGGUCCCGACGCGCCCAAGCAGCGCCCAGCGGAGCCCCGGGCCACGCCCCGCUGCGCAUCCGCACGCCGGCUCUCUGCGCCCCGGCCUGAGCGCGUCGUGGGGCGAGCCCGGGGGGCUGCGCGCAGCGGGCGGCGGCGGCGGCAGCACCAGCAGCUUCCUGAGCUCCCCCUCUGAGUCCUCGGGCUACGCCACGCUGCACUCGGACUCGCUGGGCUCCGCGUCCUAGGACCGCUGGCGCCUCCCCACGGACGCCAGGCAGGCCAGCCCGCUCUCCGGGGCCACAGCACCAAAGACGCCCGCCUCCGCCCCGCGCGCAGACACGCGCCACCCCUCCCAGGGGUGAGGGGGGCGUUGGCCUCAGCGUUUGUCUUCCGGCUCAUCCCAGCUGGCCUUGUCCCAAGGGCGACGGCUGCCCCGGACGACUGCGCGCUGGGCACCGCGUGUCCCGGGCCGAGUGAGGUCGGGCCUGGGGAGCUGAGUGACAUCCCAAGCUUGGGCUUGGGUAGUGAGUGACAUGUGCACACGUCCAGCUGCGCCAUCGCCAGCCCUGGGCAACAGGACGUCGGGAGCAGGGAACCUGAGACAGGGCCACUGCGGGAUCGGACAAAGCCCCGCCUUGGAGAGGCUGAGCUGGAGCCACUGGACUCCCCAGGGGCUUUCCACCCACACUGCACCAUAACCGCCACACCCGUUGGGGGGCGGGUACAGAGGGUCUCUAAGCACGGGGUCUUCAGAGCCCGAACAAGCUCUGAUCAGGUCUCCCUGCUUCCGACCUGUCCUGCCUCAGUUUCCCCAUCUGUGAUGAGCAGGUGACCACGUUAACUCUCAGGGCUGUUUGAAGUCUCUUGGUUGUAGGCCCUGGCCACUGAGUGGCCCAGGUGUGAGAGGUAGUCUAGAGCCCUCUGCGGCCUUUGUGGAGGUCCGUUUUCAGCUUGUGGCCUGGUGUGGCUCCCUAGGCCUGAGGCCUCCCACUCUCAGUGCCCCCUGCCCCCUUGGGAACCCACACUCCACCCCAGCUAAGCACAACACUCUGCACCACCACCAAUGGCACCUCAGCCACCUUGACCACCAUUAGUGUCCCCACCCUCAUUACUCUGCCAUCGUUGCCUGUCCCCACCACAUCAGCUCCCUCCGUGGCUCCCACCAUGACGCUGGCAGGUGCAAGCGGAGAGCACGAGGGCAGCAGAGCCUGGGCUUCCGUGUCCCUGUGUCAUCCCCAGCCUCACUCCCCACCCGUGCAGGCCUGGCCAGGAAGGGAUCCUGGCAGGGUCUUCCAGGUUCUCAGCUCAAGGCCAGGUCCCGGGCAGGCAUCCAACCCCUGGGAGCAAUGUAUUUCUUUGCCUUCCCUCCUGGGCAGACCCCUUACAGGCCUGGGCAUUGCCAUGGCCCGUGGGUCUUCCCAGGCUAAGGAGAACCAGGAACAGCUAUAACCUUGAGCUGGUGAAAUAGGGCAGAUGAGAAGGUUGUCUCCUCCAGACCCCUACCCCUAUACAGUGGCCCAACAAUAUGAAGACCUGGGGUAAUUUCCAAGGUCAGCAUAGAGCCUGCCUGUGCCCAGUCAGGUGGCCAAGCCCAUCUCUUCAUCCUUCAAAUAGGGUCCCGCUCCCAGAAGAAGCUGCUGGGGUGGGGGUGGGAGACUGCCUAAUCCUGUCUCUGCUUCAGAGGCCCCUCCAGUCCCUGGCUGUGGGGUAACUGGGGGUAUGAGCUGUGGCCACAGGUGAGCAAGGCAGGGAACUGCAAUCCAGCCCUGGCCGCGGGAGGGGCCAUCUCUGGCCAAUGCUGCUGUGCCUUCAAGGACUGACAAGUUACGUAGGGGCAGAAGUCGCCAGGUAGCCAUCGUCUCCUCCAUCUGGGGGACGUCUGUCCACUUGUCACCUUAGGUUUUAACUCAUUUGUCACCUUGGGGUUUUGCUCUGUGUGUUUCAUAUCCAACGGCAAUACUUGCAGGGGGACAGAGUCCCCUAAAUCACUCCAGUCCUGCGGUUUUUACAAAAAUAAAGGGGGAGACCCCAAGUGGAGGACCCUGGGCCUGGAGCUGUCUCCCAAACUUUGUCCAGCAUCCAGGCCUGUUCCCUGGGCUCACUGGAGAGGGAGUUGUCUUCAUAGCACACCCAGAGCCAGGGAUCCCUUUGUAGCUUUUUGAAAACUGAGCAUUUAUCUUCUGUACAGGACCCAAUAAAAAACUUCCUUAUGAUUUGCACCUGG